AUGUCCGGGCCUUCCAAGACGGGAGUCGAUUUGUACCGAGAGUACCAGGCGGUGUUUCAGCUAAACGCCCGUGACUUGGAGCAGAAAAAACCCCGGAGGGCAUACAGGCGCUCGCUUCUAGGCUGUUUGAAUUGCAAGAAAAAGAAGAUCAAAUGUGACGAGACAAAAUCGCAGUGUAGAAACUGCCUUAAAAGCCACUUGAAAUGUGCAUGGCCUGAGAAAAAGCAGGCCCAUGCAGACAAAGACCUGAUGCGCCCGCAGUCUGGCUUAGCAACACGAGAAAAAGAGCCCCUGUCGUCCGAACAUGUGUUCCAAGAGCCGCGGUCCCAAAUGGAUACGCAUUUCCUUUCCGUAUUCAUCCACAGUUUCCUUCCCACGCUAGCGCAGGUCAAUUUUCAAGACAAGAGACAGUGUCUGGAAUUAGUGCUAGCUGCCGCAAAGGAAUCUCCGCUACUUCAGGAGGUGUUCAUAGCAUGUGGGGCAUCGAUCAUUGCCUUCAACAAUGAGCAACACCGUCAUAUGGCACAGGAGCGGUAUACGAAAGCCAUCAAUUUCUACCUUGCCGAGUUGAAGCUUGGAAAGAUCCAGGGGGGCGAGGUGUGGUUUUUUGUGGCUGUCCAGGUACUCCAGAUCUUGUGCCUCCGUGACAUGUUUGCCGACUCCAAUGCCACAAGAUGUGCCGCUCACUUUGGAGCAGCACACAAGAUCAUAUCUCUCCGUCUUUCAAGCGACAGAAACAACAUUUCCUCGCAGAAACCAUUCCUGAUGCUCGAGAAAAUCAUGUUGGAGAACUUCUUGUUCAACUACUCGAUCACAAUAUUCUUCUGCGAUCAUAAACAACUACCUGAACUCGUACCGUCCCCUUUCGUGUUUUUCCAUGCGGCUCGCACCAAACUCGUUCAUAUAUUCUACGACAGCAUCGAUCGAUACAAGUACCGGUCAAUGCUUGCGUUCCAGAUAGCAGCCAAAUGCGCCUGGCUGUGUCGGCUUAAGCUCCCGCUCGAUGAAGACGGAAGAUUCUUACACAUGGAAAUUAUGCAGCUCGCCGAGGCGCUUCUCCUAUCGUUUGAAAAUGAGGCUGAGGAAUACUGUCACCUGAACGUCAAAGCCACAAUGUCCAUCGCCAAGGUCGUUCUCAACACCUCGCUCAUUCUUCUUCUGAAAAUCACUGAUUUUGACUCUGUAAGAGCACGGGAUUUACAGCACCUCGUCAAGGCCAUUCGGGCCGAUAUAGACCAGCCGCACAAUAGCAACACCAUUCUACCGAUAUGGUCCCUUAUGAUAGCAGCAAGCACCAGUUUGGAUCCCGAUGACCAAGCGUUUUUUAAAAAAUGCCUCGGGGAUCUUUUGGUGAGGUCGAAGUCGAAAAUCAUCGUCCAAAUCUUAAAUUACUUGGACGGCUUGUGGGAGCUUUACGAGGGCGAAGAGCCGUUUGAGUUCAUGUUUGAUACCACCGUGUUGGAUCAAGUCUGCAACUAG